AUGUAAAACAGACUAAACAAAGAAUUCUAAGAUUUGACAGCAGUUAAUCCUCUUGUUGGAGUUUAGAUAGAUAAGGACCCCUUUUACAGUUUAGUGUAUAGAUUCUAUAAAAUCUUAGAUGGAUUGCUACUAUUAUAGGCCCUGAAGGCACAGCUUAUAAAGGAGGAAAGUUCAAACUACGUAUUACAUUUCCAGAGAAUUAUCCGUUCAAGGCUCCACAUUUCUAAUUCUUAACUAAAAUAUUUCAUCCUAACAUAUAUUAAAAUGGUGAACUUUGUGAGUGUAUGCUUGGAACUUAUGUAUUUAUAAAAAAUUAGCAUUAGGAUACAUGGCAGCCAGUAUAUACAGUUAAAAAAGUAUUGGAAAAAAUAUUAAAUCUUUUCGGAUAAAUCAUUAUCGAGGAAAAUCACAACGAUUAAGCUAUGAAUAUGUAUUAAAGUAACAAGGAGAAAUUCCAAUAAUAUGCUAGAUGCGAAACAAAGAAGUACGCCUCAUGA